AUGACGAAGGGCACCACCUCGUUUGGUAAGCGCCAGUGCGUAUCAAGUCCGACUUGAAGACGAAUCAUCGUCGUGCAGAUGGCGUUCGAAGGGGUUGCGAGGGAGACGGUGGUGCAGAGAGGGGAAACGUCGAACAAUGUCGAUCUAAGCGCGCUCAGCGGUGGCGCAUGAGAGCGGGGCGAUGCUGGUCUCGAGAGGUGGCAGCACACGAGCAAGCAAUCACAGGGAACUGGCGCAAAGCGGCACUGUUGGAGGACAGGAGCGCAGCUGCAACACAAAUCGGUGGACUGUGUCUUGGAGAGGGGGAGCGGGAGGGUCGACUAGGUCGCAAGCGCAGGACGGCGGGCUGUUGGCACUGCUCAUGAUCUUCGUGCGUCGGAGACGUCCACUGACGCUGGCAUUCCACGCCCUUGCUUCUCAUCAGCACCAAGACGCACACCCUGUGCCGUCGUUGCAACCGUCGCGCGUUCCACAAGCAGCACAAGAGUGAGUGAGAGCGACGGAGACGCAGGCGCUCGAAACCCAAGUUGCACGGACACUGAAUCGAGUGAAAUGUAUUUGCCUACAGCCUGCGCAUCAUGCGGCUACCCUGCCGCCAAGAUUCGUUCUUACGAGUGGGGACAGAAGGCUAAGCGCAGAAAGAGUGCGUACUCUUGAUGUUCGGAUGAUGCGUACUGUGUUGCUAACAUUCUUCACGUACGCACGUCUUUGUCUCUUUUCCCCAGCCACCGGAACUGGCCGCAUGCGCUACCUGUCCACCGUUCCUCGUCGCGCAAAGAACGGAUUCCAGACUGGUGUGGCCAAGAGGCAAAAGAAGCCCUCUGCCGCUGCCGCCUCCGCUUGA